AUUCAAACAUUAAAUAUUAUUUUAAUUUUAUAUGUUUGUAUCAGGCUAGUGCAACUCUAUAGGACUGUUUUGUACCGUAUAGUUCUAUCGUACAACCACCAUUAGCACUGUAUGUCGUGGCGGCGGUCGAACACCGGUCUCGCCACUCGCCGACAGCUGGCGACUGACAGCAACGGUUUUUUCGCAUUUCUCCAACUCCGGCGUCCGUGUUACUACCAAUUAUAGUAGUUAGUAGUUACCGGUCAGUAUCUUAGAAAAUAAUAGUAAUUCGUAUUGUGAUUUGUGGAUACUGGUUAUUGACUGUUAUACGAUAUUAUAAUAUUAUAAUAUUAUUAUUAUAUUAUGAUGCUUCCCAAAAAUGCUUCAAAGUGCCUAAUAUAUGGCUGUCAAUCCAAAGGUAUUGUUGUUCAUCGAUUUCCCAAUCCUAGAACAGACUUUGUGAGAUUAAAAAAAUGGAUUGAUUUGGUUGGUUUGAACGAAAUGGAUCCAAAUGAUGUUUAUAAAAAGAAAUUUAUAUGCAAUAAUCAUUUUGAUGAACAGUGUUUUAGUCCUGGUACUAAGAGACUGAAUGCGAGGUCUUAUCCAACAUUACUAUUACCAGGUAGUACUAAUUCAAAACCUAGUCAACCUAGUGUUAAGGCUUCAAUAUCCAUACAUCAGAGCGAUGUUGUGAACCGGAUGAGAGACACUGUUGAUAGGCUUCGAAGUCGAACAAAUAACUCUUAUUCGAAUUGAUUAUAAUAUAAGUUUAUUAAAUAUAAAACAUAAAUCAAUCAAGAAUAGUUUCAAAUUAUUGAAAUGGUACAAUUUAAGACAUAAAUAAUCAGCAUGGAUACCGUCAACUAGUAGCCUGCUAACUAUAGAGUGAUGAGCCUUUCGUUAGGGUCCCUGUUAUAUAGGUGCGUUAGUAUAAGGAAAAAGGUACCUACACGUACAUCCUUGCUACGUGUAGCCUUGCUUUUUUUAUGUAACAAAUAUCAUACUUUCCUUAUACCUAUUACGUUGUCUUUUAGAUAAUAAUUACUGCUGCCCAUCACGUAUCGGACACAUGCCGAACUGCGUGUGGCCUGUAGUAUUUGCAACACCUCCCCCACAAAACGAGGGAUUAUGAUUAAUAAGACCUCUAACUAUUGCUCAGAAUGCUGAUCUACUAGUAUCAUGAAAUCCAUCUUUUACGGGUAUUAUUAGUUUACAAAAAUUCUUAAUAUUACGUUAGUACAUUACAUUAUAUAUUAAAAUUUUUUUUCU